AUGUAUUCAGUGCUUUACAGUAAAACAUAUCUGGCACUGUCAGCACCCAGCACUGACAAUAUUCGAGUCUUUAAAUCUCAGGUUGACCAAAUGCAAACAAGCACACCACAGCACACCACAGCAAGCACACCACAGCAAGCACACCACAGCAAGCACACCACAGCAAGCACACCACAGCCCACCACAGCACACCACAGCAAGCACACCACAGCAAGCACACCACAGCAAGCACACCACAGCAAGCACACCACAGCCCACCACAGCACACCACAGCACACCACAGCAAGCACACCACAACUUACUACAGCACACCACAACACAGCACACCACAGCAAGCACACCACAGCACACCACAGCACACCACAGCAAGCACACCACAGCAAGCACACCACAGCAAGCACACCACAGCAAGCACACCACAGCAAGCACACCACACCAAGCACACCACAGCCCACCACAGCACACCACAGCACACCACAAAACAGCACACCACAGCACACCACAGCAAGCACACCACAGCACACCACAGUAAGCACACCACAGCAAGCACACCCCAGCACACCACAGCAAGCACACCACAGCACACCACAGCAAUCACACCACAGCACACCACAUAUACAACACAACUACUCAUUAAGUCUCACUUUGUUUAUUCACAUUUAG